CUGUGAAUCCCAUCCCAAGUUGAAGCUGAAAAGUAGGUUCCUCACGCUUUUCACUCCUCACCUCACCUCAAGCCUUUUCACCAUGAGACCCAGCAUCAAUCUCGUUGUCAAUGCCCUUUGGCUGACAAGCCUAAGCACUCCCUCCGUUGCCGCUCCCUCCAAUGGCAACUAUGGUCUCAAGGGUCCCGAGCUCAAGCAUUGGCCUGCCCAAGCUGCCAAAGCUCUCAACAAGAUGAUUGCUCGCAAUGCCAACAAUGGUCGCUAUGCUGUCUUCGACAUGGACAACACCAGCUAUCAAUUUGAUCUGGAGGAAUCGCUUCUUCCUUACCUUGAGAACAAGGGUGUUCUUACACGAGAGACCAUGGACCCUGCUCUUAAGCUGGUCCCUUUCAAGGACACCAAGAAGCACAAGGAGUCGUUGUACAGCUACUACUUGCGCCUCUGCGAAAUCGAGGAUGCUGUCUGCUAUCCUUGGGCCGCGCAAAUCUUCAGCGGAUUCCCUCUUGGUGAGCUCAAGGGCUACGUCGAUGAGCUGAUGGCCUACAACAAGACCAUUCCCACCACUUAUUUUGAGGACGACAAGGUUACAGCCACCGAAGUCUCCCCUCCCAAGAUCUUCGAGGGCCAGGUCGAGCUGUACAACCGCCUCAUGGCCAACGGCAUUAAGGUCUACGUUGUCAGCGCUGCUUCCGAAGAGCUUGUCCGCAUGGUUGCUAGCGAUCCCAAAUACGGCUACAACGUCCCUCCCCAGAACGUCAUCGGUGUAUCUCUCUUCCUCAAGACCAAGAAGGGCGAGAUCACUACUGCUCGCAAACAGAUUGAGGAUGGUGUCUACACUCAAAAGACACAGAAGCAGAACCUUGAUGCUGAGAUGACUCCCUGGCUCUGGGCCCCAGCUACUUGGAAGUCUGGAAAGUGGGCUGCUAUUCUCACCUACAUCGAUGAGUGGAACAGGCCUAUUCUUGCUGGUGGUGAUACUCCUGAUAGUGACGGUCCCAUGAUUUUCCAGGGUGUUGAUGUUGCGCGUGGCGGUAUUCACCUUUGGGUUGAUCGUAAGCCUGCUUACAGAGAGCAGAUUGACGGCAUGAUCAAGAACAACACAAUUGCUCAGAAGAAGGAAGGACUACCGGUUACAGCUGACAAGAACUGGGUCUUCGUGAAGCCAACCGAGCUUCACUAAAUUUUGGUCUAGCGAACAUGACUAAUGUCUUAAUAACUAACAUGUUUAACUCUCAAACACCACUUCGUAACACGUAACUCUACUAAUUUCCUAAG